AUGAUGCAUUUUCCAAAGUAUUCAUAUACGUUAUGUAUUAUCCUUAUAUUCGCUUUAUUGUUUACCAUAGCAUCCAGUUAUAAUAAUGAGGAUAAUAAAAAUUUUAAUGGAACAGAAAAUGCAGCCAAAGCGAUCCGGAAAUUAUUAAAUGGUGAAAUAGAUACUAUAAAAUUAGAAAAUGGAGAUGAAUUGAAAACAAAAUCCAGCAGCAACAUACAAGGAGAUUAUUCAUGGAAAAAUAAUAAUAGACGGUUAUAG